AUGGAAAAACUGAUUGACGAUGAGGGGGAAAUUUACAACUCAAUAUCACCCAAGGUAGCACCGGUCGCUGUGCAAAACGAGAUGGAGCCGAGCAACAUAUCGAUAGUGACGACAAAUGGUACCGCUGAUAAUAAUAUCGGAAAGUCAAAGACGACGAUAAGCUUGCCGUCUGCGGCCAAAUUUACUAAUGCUGCACAGAAAAAAGCUCCUUGGCUUAAAAGCUUGUUCCAAGAUGAGUGCUCUGCAUGGGAAACAACUAAAUGCGGCUUAGCCGAAUUAAUUGGAACGGCUGUACUGGUCUUUUUAGGAUGUAUGGGAUGUGUCGGGAGUAUGGGCACUCCACCUUCUUCACUUCAAGUAUCAUUUGCUUGGGGAAUUGUAGUUAUGAUUGUUGCACAGUCUAUUGGACACAUUAGCGGAGCUCAUAUUAACCCCGCUGUAACAGUAGGCGCAGUUGUUAUGGGAAAAAAAUCAUUGACUGGAGCGUGUGUUUAUUUCGUUGCCCAAUGCCUCGGCGCUAUAUUAGGCUACGGUUUACUCAAGGUCGUAACACCGUCGGACCUCCUUCUGGCUUCAUCAACGUCACCAGCAGAAACAUUCUGCAUUACCGAUCUCCACGGAAAAAUCCCAGUGAUCCAAGGACUCCUUGGAGAAAUAAUCGCGACGGCAGUCCUAAUGUUCAUGCUUUGUGCUAUGUGGGACGAGCGCAAUGCCAAUAAUACGGAUUCCGGAGUUAUUAAGUGUGGACUAACGAUCGCUGCUCUGUGUAUGGGGCUCGGUCCAUACACCGGAUGCAGUUUGAACCCUGCGAGGUCACUCGCUCCCGCGAUUUGGAACAACUACUGGAACCACCACUGGAUCUUCUGGUUUGGACCCAUCGGAGGAUCUUUGCUCGCUUCUGUUUUGUACAGAUCAGUAUUUUCACUGCCUCAGUGCAGUUUACCAGAGUGUCAGUCCCUCAAUACUCAAAAGGCUGAGUUAUACAAAAUGAUGUAUGGACAUGGGGAUAUGUGGGACACAUUUCUCAGUGGUAUGGCUGAACUAGUCGGUACUGGAUUACUGAUAUUCCUUGGAUGUGGUGGGUGUAUCGGAAGUUUAGGAGUUUCACCAUCACAUUUACAAAUAACUUUGACUUUCGGUUUGGCAGUUAUGAUUGUUAUUCAGUGCUUUGGCCAUAUAAGUCAUGCCCACGUGAAUCCUGCAAUUACGGUGGGAUCUGUGGUAUUGGGAAUAAAAUCGAUAUCUGAAGCUGCUGUGUAUAUUAUUGCUCAGAUCCUCGGCGGUAUUUUGGGUUAUGGUCUACUCAAGCUCUGCACACCAACUGGUUUUUUGUCAUCUGGCGGUCCAGAAGCUGCCUCGACGUUCUGUGUUACGAUGAUAAGCCCCCAAGUUUCGAAUGUUCAAGGUCUUAUGGUAGAAACUAUGGCAACAAUGGUCCUAAUGUUGAUAGCGUGUGCAGUAUGGGACAUACGUAAUGCCUCAAACACAGAUUCCACAUCUAUCAGAUUUGGGUUGGGCGUAACUUGUCUCGCAACUAUUUUCGGGCCAUACACUGGCUGCAGUAUGAAUCCAGCUCGAUCUUUUGCUCCAGCUAUUUGGAAUAAUUCAUGGCUGGGACAUUGGGUUUACUGGUUUGGACCUAUUGCCGGAGCUGCAAUAUCUGCUUCGCUCUACCGAAUUGUUUUCGGUCUCAAAACUCAUGACAAAGAGACUCUAACACCCAUUUCCGAGAGCAUUCAUCUGAAUAGUGUUGAUACUGAUAAAUCAGAGGUAAUUAUCAAUUCUUGGAUACAAUACAGAGUUCAUCUUACUACUAGAGUACUUACUUUAGGAAAGCUCAUAAGAAUAAGGGCUCCCUACACUCGGAAAAAAGUAUUAAAUCCUUGUGAUAAAUUCUCUCAUACUAUUGCUCGAUAUAAAUCUCAAAAUACGACUUUUUAUAUUCCUAUUUCACUCAGAUGUUUUUCACGGAUGAAUUUAAUCACUGAUCUUUUGAUGCGAUUUGAAGAAUUUCAAAACCAAGUUUACCGAGUGCGAGUUUCGUGCAAGCAUCUCAAGCACGUAAAACAGAGCAAACACGAUCAAAGAAGUAAAGCGAAAGUUCACAACAAUAUCUCUAAAGUUUAA